GUUCCAUUAAUAAUCAUUACUUUGUGGUUUUCUGAGUCCAUUACAGUCCCUUUCCCUUCUCUGAGAAAGCUCUUACCAGAACUGAGAAGUCCUUUUUCAUUGGAUUGAUUUCUUUUAAUCUGUACAUAUAUCAUUUGGGACCUAAAUGCUUGGUUAGCACAGGAAAUGAAAUCUCAUGAGUACAGCCUUUUCCAAAGGGAAAGUUACUGCUCAAAAAUGCAGGAGUCAGAAGAUAGAAAGAAAAUGCUAUUGUGCAAAAUAAAUAAAUAAAAAAAUAAAUAAUUCCAUAUUAUUUGAUGUAAAAUAUCACUGACACAUUAUAUUGUGUCAGCUCUUUAAAAUAAGGAGGUUCAGAGAGAGGGGAAACAAUAAAUAACAAGUCCACACUUUGGGAGGAUUAAAAACCCCAGAAGUACUUGCUUAUGCUCUGUCUCAUAAGAAGAGAUGCAGAGUAUAAGGAAUGACACAAAAAGACAAACAGUGGUCUCUCAUUUAUCAUUUGGGAUAGAGAAGUGAAAGUACAACAGAGGGACUGAAAAUAUAAAAUCUAUGAAAAGAAAUUCUUUGGUUUCAUUGCUACUAUGUGUUGAAGACAAGAGCUUUGAAAGAUUCAAAAAGGAUUAGAGAUUUAUAUGGAAGACGAGAACAUCCACAGUUACUUCAGAUUAAAAGAUCCUGGAAUAUAAGCCAUCAUAUUCCAGGACAUUAGACAACCUAUAAAGCAAGAGGAUUUAGAAAGACAUUUUCCCUAUGAACAGGGUAUUGUGUUUGUCCACUCUGAGUUAUUUGGCUUCUUCCUCUGGAACAUCUAGUACUGAGAACUCAAACCCUGAUACUAAACUCAUAAAUCUUACGCUGCUGGAUUUGGACAAAAGUGUAUAAGCCAAGCAUUUCUUCUUCCUGCCCUGGUGUAAUGUCUGUUCUUCCACCUGGAAAAGGACAGGUGACUAGCCUGACUCGAUCUUUGACCUUACUGAAACCUAGAAUUGCUGGCUUUUCAUUUAUACACUUUUAUCUAUAUUCUUUGAAUUGUCUCAUAUUUCCUUCUAAAACAGCAUCAGUGCUCUCAGGUGAUGUGAGCACAUCCUGCUCCAGUUGUUCCUGCCCCCGUAGCAGAACUGGCAAACCCACAGCAGUGCCACAGAUGAUAUUCCAGUGAAAAGCCACCUGUAGUUUCAGUGACACAGCAGAUGAACUGGAGUAGCUUUGCUAUGGGGGAACAUCUUGUUCUGCUGACUGUGCUAGAGGAGGUGACAAAGGGCUAGGGCUGGACACACAAGAGAUAAUUUCAUAAUCUACCACAGAAGAAGCUCACUGCAGGAACACAGUGUGUCCCAACUGAUACAGAUAUAACCUUUCAGCAGCUAAGUUCUCAGCAUGUAUUACAUAUGUGUAUGUUUAUUUCACGGUUCUCAAGCAUAUAUUGUCAUCAUCCUUCAAUCACGAACAAAAGACUAGAACAAUGUGGUGCCAGAAUUCAUUAUUUACACAGGAGAGCGAUCUGGGGUGCUGUCCCUGGGUCCAGCAGAGCUGGCUGGCCCGUGUCUCACUGUCCCUGUCUCCUCCAGCUGCAGAUCUGGGACACGGCCGGCCAGGAGAGGUUCCGCACCAUCACGCAGAGUUACUAUCGCAGCGCCAACGGGGCCAUCCUGGCCUACGACAUCAGCAAGAGGGGCUCCUUCCUGUCCAUCCCUCGCUGGAUCGAGGAUGUCAGGAAGUACGCCGGCUCCAACAUAGUGCAGUUACUGAUUGGAAACAAGUCUGACCUAAGUGACCUUCGAGAGGUUCAGCUGGAAGAGGCUCAGAGCCUGGCUGAACGCUAUGACAAUAUCAUCUGUGCCAUCGAGACCUCUGCGAAGGACUCCAGCAACGUGGAGGAGGCGUUUGUGAAGAUGGCCACGGAGCUCAUGAUGAGGCACGGCGGGCCCAUGUUCAGUGAGAAGAACACUGACAGCAUCAAGCUGGACAGCAAAGACGUUGUGGAAGGCUGGGGGUGUGGUUGCUGAUAAGAGCUAGGUGAUAUCCCUGACUUUACCGGAAUUUAGAUGGUGCUUCACCCUAAUGCUGAGUAGCAUGGUAGCCAUACUCUCCUCCUCCUGUGAAACCAGCAAUUUUGUAGAAGUUAGACACAAUCCUGUUUGCUUUGGUGUCUUAUUUUUAAAAAGGGACUUUUGAGAGGUAGUCCUGAAAGUCAAACCCUCUGAAAAACUUACUUAACAUUUGUCCCCACUGUUUUAUUUUCUGUAACCUUCAUACGAGUUACAAAAAUGGCAGAAACAGCUUUGAACUGGUGAUGUGGGGUGGGGAGACAGGUGGCUGGGGAAGAGACAUGCAAAGCCAAAGUUCUGAAACAUUUAGCAUGGGACUGUUGGCAAAGGAGGUCCCUUUUGAAAAAAGCAAUCUUGACAGUGUCUCUUGAAAUCCUCAGCACUCCACUAGUGACCAAAAAGUGAUGAUGUCUUUGAUAAAGGUAUUUCAAGUGUCAUAAUCCCCAGCAUUUUGAUUACAGGACCAAAUAGCAGGUAUUUGUCCUAGGGCGUAGACUGCUAGUUACUGUGGAACAGGCCCAGGUGGGGAAGCCUUCUCUCAGGUUUCGUGAUGAUUUUAAGUUAUCAUUUUAACAGAAGCAAAAUCAGCCCGAGCAAUACCAUGACUUACUGUCAAGCAGGAUUGGACUAGGGUAGUUAUUUCCAUACAGCCUUGAGGAGAGGGUAGAUGCAUUUCAUUUGUUAUUAUUUGCACAGUGAUAGCUCCUUUUUCCUAGUGGGUAUCACUGAGGUUUUGCCCUCAGGUCUCAUAAUUUCAUUUAACAGUUCAAGACCAGCACCACUGGAAACAGGAACUGGAGAAACCUUGAGCUGACUGUAGCCACAACCUCUUGCCAUGUGCCUAAUGGUCAUUUACAGGGUUAGUUCUGGUCAUACAUUUGACAUUAUGUUACCAGAGCGUUCAUUGCUUAAGUGGCAUAAGUGGAUUUGAUUUUUGUAUUGGUUUUGUUUUUUAAACCAUCUCUUUAAAUACCAGAUGGGCAUAUAAUGGGAAAGAAGAGCUCAGAGUAGCUGUAAACUGCAUACAUUGCAACUUCUUAGCUGUGAGAAACCAGCGUCUUUUGGAGUGAUUCCCUCCAAACUUUGAACCCAAAUGUUUCCCUCUCCCUAUCACAAGUUACCAGUUGCUUUUCAUUUCAUGAAAACAUUCAUCAGGAAAAAUCUUUCAUUGUUGAUCAAAAGUCUGCAUUGUUAAGUAAAGUUGAUUUGAUACUCCAGCUACACUCAGUUCUUUCAGAUUUGGCUCUGUAGGGUGUGGUAGGUGCAGUUGAAGUACUGAUGGCAGCAUCCUCUGGGUUUACACUCAGGCACCUUACAAAAAGGGAGCAGGAGCAGGAAGAUUUUUAACUCUGCCAGUAAAGCAGUGGUGUUCAGGGAUGGCAAGUGAUCUAAGAUAAGUGAUAAGAUGAAGGAGCUCAUUUUCAGAAAGCACCCAUUUCAAGUCAUCAUUUGUCUCUUUUGAAAAAUCUUGAUCAAAAAGGACUUGAAUUGUUUUGCUACUAGGGCUGCACCAGUUUAGCCAUUCAACAUAUCCAGUGUCAUGACAAUUAGGAAGACUUAGGAAAGGGCUAAUGGAUACUAAUUUUAAUACUACUCAUCUUCCUGUAGAAAAUAUUUAACCAUUCUCUGGUCUUUCUGUUUUUUUAAACUAUGAGGUAGAUAAUUGAGGAGUAACAUAUGUUUUGUAGCCUAUUUGCUUAUAAUCUGAGGUGUUAGUUUUCAGGUUUUACAGUUUUAAGAGAGUGAAAGGGCCUUACCUUUCUCAAUUGGUAUUGUUUUCACAAUUCUAAUAUUUUAUGUGGAAGAGCAGGCUGACCUGCAGUAUUUGGUAGUAUUUUUUGAUAGUUUUCCAGGACAUUCCCAUCUCUCCUACAUCCAAAGAUAACAGGCAAUAAGUUGUCCGGCUAGGCACUGAAAAUGAGAAUUGUCCAAACUCUGGAUUUGUUAUUGUACUCCCUAUAUCCUACUCUCAGGAGAAACUGUGAAGACAGUCCAAGCUGAAACUCGGUCCUGGUGAGUGCUCUUUCUCCUGGUUAGAUGGUCCUGAGAUAGAGAAUACUCAGAAGCAUUUGACUUUGUGUCAUGACACAUUACAGUUUACGUGUGUAGGUCAUAGUCCUGCAGUUCUGUGUGUGUGAACAUGGACCCCCAGAUAAGCUCAGCCUCCCACUAUUUGCAGGAUUAGUGCCAAAUUAUUUAAUGCUGAUAAAAAUUCACACGCAUUUAAGAACAGUAUUGCUGCUACUCAGACUGAAAUCCAUAGUUUACAUAGUAACUCAUGGAAAACUGGAACAAGGUGCAAAAUGAACUGAAAUCCUGCUUCCAAUGCAGUCAGUGAAUGAUUGUGUUUUUACAGUAGAUGAAGAGAAGGAGUUAUUGAUCCAUUUUCUUAGUUUGGAGGUUUGUUUAGUAAAUAAGUAGAAUUAGCCCAGGCACUAUGCUUCUCCUUACAAUUUACCGGGGUGUAUCUCUUAAACUACCCUUGAAGAUUGAGGCUCUGUCUGCAGGUUAUUCUGGUUCAGUCACAAAACGUGCAAUGCAGCAGCAGGGACUUGUUUGCUGUGUUUUCCAGUGAAGGCACCGAUUCUGAUUAGUUUGCAUUUUGCUGUAGAAAACUAAGACUCUGGCUUGCUAUCAGUUUUAUCUUUUGGCUCUUCUGUGUUGUAACAAGUGUAAUCCAAGUUUGCAUGCCCUCCUAACUGAGCACAAGGGAACAAAGAAAUAGACUGAAGGCCUGGUUUAUUUUUUAGUUAGGGGCAGCUAUGAGUGACGGUGCUCAGGCUGUGAGUAGUUCAGGUUUAUUUUGAUAACCAAACCUUUUCUCUGUCCAUUGCAGUAGCACAACACUCACUAGACUGAGAGCUUCUUGACCAAAAUAAGCAGUAAGUGUAACUUAGAGCUUUUCACUGCCCUGCUGAAGACUUUCCUAAACCUGUAACUCACACCCAGCUGUGUAAUUCAAACAUUAAGAAGACAGUGGUGUUGGUUUAGUUCCACUAAUCCUAUUGAAACCAAAAGGGUACCUGAGAGAAGAGAGUAGCUAUAAACCUGCGAUUUACGGGUAAAAACCUGAGUUUCAGAUCUUAGGUUACAAAUGUGCACUGAUGUACAUCGAGUGAAUAAUUCAGUAGUGCAUGUUCAGAGUUCACAGCAUAAACAUUUGCCAAGAAACCUGUUUACUGGCAGUUGAACAUUAACGAGAGUAUGGUGCAGUAAUUGCUUUUAAGCAGAUCUCCUUGGCUGACCAUGUGUUUGCAUUAGUAUUUAUCAUUUAUUUUUGGCAGUGCAAAAAUAUUACAAAAGCACAGAAGGGGACGUUGAUCCCUGCCUUGUAACACUUGGGAGUGGAAUGCAGAGGCAAAUACUGAAAUGAAAUCAUCAGCACAAUGGCUCCCAGGAGCGUGGGCUUUGUUACCCUUUGUAUUGAUUUUGUUUUAAGCAAAUUUCAUCUCCAGUUACUCAUCCAAUCCAUCAUCACGGAUGGAACUUGUACAAAUAUUUAGAAUUUUGUAAAUACAAUCCAAAUCAAUGUCAGCCCAGAAACCUGCUAACGUUGGCUUUGCAAAGCAAAAUUUGAAAAAAAUUGAAAAUACUUAAGAUCAGAGAAAAUGUCCUAAUGAUUUUAUCCCUCUCACUGGAGUGGAAAGCAGGUUGUUUUGGUAGGUAACAUUGCAAACUGAAUGAAGCCCAGCUAAUACUGCUAAUAGAUUUCCAAGAACUUCACCAAAGUGGAGCUCUUGCUCAUUUUCUUUCUUGGCCUUUAAAACUCAUACUGAUUUGAAGAACAGAGCUGCAAUAUACCUGCAUUGCUGCAGUGGUACCUCACAGUGUUGAUCCUCCCACACAGUAACUCCCUAAAUACCAUUAAAGCCUUCCCUCGGUUUGCCCCAGGAUCCAUUGGCCCACUGAGAUUUACACUCUGUUCAUCUCAGUCCCAGCCAGGGAACCAUUUGAAUGUCUUCUGCUGUCUCACACCAGUCCUGAGGGAACUGGGAGGUAAAAUAUCAUUAGUUUCUCUUUGUGGGAUUGUUUUACUCAAUGGUACAAUGAAAGUCUCUUUAAAUCAAGAUGAAUUAAUAUGUUAUUUCCUCAAUAGAAGUGGUUUCUCUUUACCUAUCCUGCUGCCAAAACAUUUAUAUAUUAACAGACCACUGAAGUUUACCCUAUUAUUUUGGGCAAACAGUGUGCUGGAGGAAAAUGAAGUGAGCAUAAUACAUGCUUUGUGAACCUGAAAAAUAAAGUUCCUCUCCCUCUGGUACCUUCCAGCGAUGGGGAGUCCUCAGUCUAACCCCUGUCAGGCAUUCUCACAGAAUGAUGGUUCUUGGAACUGAAAGGAAACGAAUCCCAAAGUUUGGGCUAAUCACCCUAACCACUUAAUUUUCCUUGCUCAAAUGAUACUAGAUUGUUUUACCAACUAAAAGGCAUUCGUAUUUACAAAUUAGGCAAUAAAAGAUGCCAGGUUGUUAAUAUAGAUUAAUAUUUUACUAGAGUUAUAUGAAGUAUAGUGACUUUAAGAGUCACAGAGCAGAGUCCUUGAUGAUGGGGCUGUUCUUAGAUUUGACAGUUCUUUUCCAUGCUGUAAGAAGGGAUUCAUAGAUUUGGGAAAUGCUGUCUCAGUUUGAUUUUUGUACUGUCUGUAGUAGUGCUGAUCAUCCCACUGUGAUUUUAGUUAGAGAAGCAGCCUCCUGGGUAUCUUGUUUUUACUGGCCAGGUAACAUUAGAUUAUUGAACUGGGUUAUGGAGCAAAAAAUCUCAGAUGGAAGCAUUUCAUUGCAAUCUCCGCUGCGUACUUUAGGAAAAACUCCAACUAUUCCACAGCUGAAUGUUCUGGUUUCCAGCACAAGGUUAGCCCUCUGCAUCUUCUUUUUCAUUUCAGUUUAGUUUACUUGGAAAAGAGCAGGGUUACAGAAUCAAACCAACCCAAAUAUAUAGUUGCUCUCCAUGGAAUUGUUGCCAGAGUUUAGAUAAAAAUAGCCAGAACACUCUCCUGUCCUGAUCUUAGUAUGACAAAUUUCAUCAUUUUUUAGGGUGACUGAAACAUGUUAAAAUGCACUUUAAAAAUAAUCCUUUGAAGCAUAAAAGGGUUGCAGGGGUUUUUUCACUGUCUUUUUUAACAAGGGUUUCUAUUACUUGAAUGCUGAUAAAGGCAGUUCCCUGUAUUACAUAAGUAACUUUAGGCAUCACUGAAAACAGACUUGUUUUUCCAUGUGAGUCAGUGGCCAUGGAAGACAAGGGAACAGGAGAACUUCACAAGAAUGAGGAAAGUGAAGCCUGAGUAACAGUCAGAGAAGAUUUUCUAUUUAGUCUGAGGAAAUGUGUUAGGUGUAAUCAGUGCUUACUCAGUUCAAAGGAGAUACUUUCCUUCCCAAAGGUAAAAUAAAACACUACUUAAGGAGUUACAGGUUUUCCUCUUUGCUUUUUGUACCACUGAAAUUUGACUGCUUUCUGUACUGAAGAAGAGUGGUCUGCUAAGAACUAGUUAAGUGUAUGGUAACAACAGAGUUUAACACUUGGAGAGCUGUUAAAUUGGCUUAAAGUUGUAUUUAGGACCUAGUCCUUCCAUUAUGAGGUUAAAAAAUGUCUCUCUCCCCUAGGACACCAUUUGAAAACCUUUAGAAGAUCCAAGAUUGUACCUUAAUAAAAAUUUCUUGAGGCUUUCUUUAUCAUUAAAAAGUCACUUUUCAUGUUUCUUUUGGAGGACAUUUUUUGAUUAUCCAAGUGAACUGCUGACACUCAUUGUGCUUUUUCUCAACCUCAAAUUUAACAGAAUAAUGAGGAUUAACCUUCCUGUCAUGAAGCAUUUAAGCUUUCAUAAGAACAUAUGAAACACACACCUUAGCAUUAACUACUCUGUAGGAGUUUAAACCUCAGUUUCCCCCCUACAGCUAGAUAAAAAAGAUCCACAUUGCUGUAAAUUUUAUCUUAGAGACCAAAAUUGUGGCAAGCUAGCAGUUUUAACUUCUAAUUGUUCAAUCAAUAAAAAAAGGUUACCGCACAAAGAUUAUAUUCUCCAGAUAACAGCAGAGGAAAACUUCAAAGAGAAGACUGUAUUUCCUUAGAAACUGUCCUUUUUAAGGCUCCUGCCCCACGUAAUCUGUGUAUCUCCAAAAGCCAAUCUCCUAGUAACCACCUUUACACUGCACUGGGAUGUGGAACAUGUGAUGAUCAACACCCUUUCCUUCUGCAAUAAAUGCUCUGAGCAAUAUGGAUUCCUCUGAAGAUGUGAGGGAGUGAUUUUGGGUACCUACACUAUCGUAUGUGAAAUCAAGGGUAUGGAAGGCUGUCCUCUGAACACAGCAUGCAAACUUGUCUUGACAACUUGAAGGUAUUUUUUAAAAGUGAGCCAAGAGCUGCAUUUUCAGAGACAUUAAAGCUGCAGACAGAUGCCUGUCAACGUCUUCAAAAGCAUCUUGGUACCAUUGCAAGAAAAUCACAGAACUUUUAUGGAAGUGGUUUUGCACUAAAGGGAAUCAAAGAAAAAAAACAUUAACGUGAAAGGCAGAGCAUCCUGAUUAUUCUGCAUUUGUCAUGUUCAUUCCCUAAAUGCUGUGCAUAAGGAAGCAUUUUUCCCCUUUAUAAAUGAUAUUAAAAUAGAUUAUUCUAGGUGUGAAAAGUAGUUUGAUACUUGACAAAAUAAAAUGCUAUAUAUGUUUUCUUGAGAGAAUGAUAAUAUUGCUGAGGAGAAUAACUUUGCAAAUAGGGUUUGGUGGUGUAGGAUCAGGGAUUCCCCAGAGCUGUGUUGGAAUGGUGUGACACACACAUACCAUUCCCAAACCUGGGGAGGCCAAGGGCUGAGACCAGACCCUGUCCUGCCUGCCAGACAUAAAGUAGAUACAGACAUCUACUGAGCAGAAAGUGAAUUUAGUUAUUUGUAAGUGUUUUUAAAGAUUUCUAUUUUCUAAGUCUGUAAGGAGAAGUUAUUUCUGACAGUCAGAUAUGCUCAGUGCUGUCAACCAGCUUUUCCCUCUUCUGUGCCUCACUCUGUGACCUAACAGGUACAAAGCCCACAACUCCAGAGACAGGGAGCAUUCCAGCCAGGCUGGCUCACACACCUGUUGGGGAGAAGGUGAAAAUCUCUAAUUCAUAUUGAAUUCAUUCACUGCAUUCCAAAAUUAUCUGAGGGGUUUGGAUGAUAACAGUGUUAAAAUGAUUCUGCAUUUUCUAGCACAAAUGUGUUGCUGUUUUUCAAGGUUCCUUCAAGAGAUGCCAGCUGUACAUUUCUAAUCAUCAGUAACUAUUUUGCUUUGAAACUUUCUUAUCACAAUACUGUCUAGAUCAUUUGGAAUAUGAGGAGACAAGGGACCAAGCUUGCAUACUACGGUAAUUUUUUAUACUUUACCUUCAUCUAUUUAUGAAUUUAUUAUGAAAAGUAUUUUUAAACAUAUGAAACCUGCUUUUGUUGUGAAUUUUAGCAACGUAGUGGAUACAUUGUACUGUGUAUCAUUAAAAAGGUUUAAUUAAAGUAAACUUU